AUGAUGCAGAGGCCACCCCUCCGUCCGGAGGAGUACUCCUUGAAGGAGACCUCACCUCACCUUGGUGGUGCAGCUGCUGGUGACAAGCUCACCACCACCUAUGACCUGGUUGAGCAGAUGCAGUACCUUUAUGUAAGAGUGGUAAAAGCAAAGGAACUUCCAAACAAGGACAUCACUGGGAGCUGUGACCCGUAUGUUGAGGUGAAGCUAGGAAACUAUAAGGGCCAAACUCGGCAUUUCGAGAAGAAGAACAACCCAGAGUGGAAUCAGGUCUUUGCAUUCUCAAAGGAGCGCAUUCAGUCAUCAGUUGUGGAGAUUGUGGUCAAGGACAAGGAUCUUGUCAAGGAUGACUUCAUUGGGCGGGUUAUAUUUGAUCUGAAUGAGGUCCCAAAGAGAGUGCCACCUGAUAGCCCAUUGGCUCCACAAUGGUAUCGGUUGGAAGACCGAAAUGGGCACAAGGGGAAGGGAGAGUUGAUGUUGGCUGUUUGGAUGGGUACUCAAGCUGAUGAAGCAUUCCCUGAAGCAUGGCAUUCUGAUGCAGCCUCCGUCCCUAGCGAUGGCCUUGCAAGCAUUAGAUCAAAAGUGUAUCUUACUCCAAAGCUUUGGUAUCUCCGUGUCAAUGUCAUCGAAGCUCAGGAUCUUAUACCAAAUGACAAGACCAGGUUCCCAGAGGUUUAUGUCAAAGCAAUGCUAGGCAACCAAGUACUUAGAACCAGGGUAUUUGCGAGCCGGACAUUGAAUCCAAUGUGGAAUGAAGAUUUGAUGUUUGUUGCAGCUGAGCCAUUUGAGGAGCACCUAAUUUUGAGCGUAGAGGACAGGGUGGCCCCAGGAAAGGAUGAAGUAAUUGGAAGGACAAUCAUUUCACUGCAGCAUGUACCCCGGAGACUGGAUCACAGGUUGCUAACCAGCCAGUGGUAUAACCUUGAGAAGCAUGUGAUUAUUGAUGGUGAGCAUAAGAAAGAGACCAAGUUUUCAAGCCGAAUUCACUUGAGAAUUUGUCUUGAAGGUGGAUAUCAUGUCUUGGAUGAGUCAACACAUUACAGUAGUGAUUUAAGGCCAACUGCAAAACCUCUGUGGAAGCCUAGCAUUGGCAUUCUUGAGCUGGGUAUUUUGACAGCACAGGGCCUGUUACCAAUGAAGACCAAGGAUGGACGUGGCACAACUGAUGCCUAUUGUGUUGCAAAGUAUGGACAGAAAUGGGUGCGUACUAGGACUAUAAUCGACAGUUUCACUCCCAAAUGGAAUGAACAGUACACCUGGGAGGUGUAUGACCCAUGCACUGUGAUCACAAUUGGUGUAUUUGACAAUUGCCACCUGAAUGGCGGGGAAAAGGCCAAUGGUGCCAGGGAUACCAGAAUUGGGAAGGUCCGCAUCCGCCUCUCGACACUUGAAACUGAUCGGGUGUAUACCCACUCAUACCCUCUUAUUGUUCUGACACCUGGUGGCGUUAAGAAGAUGGGUGAGGUGCAGCUUGCUGUCCGUUUCACGUGCUCAUCACUGCUCAACAUGAUGCAUCUGUACUCACAGCCCUUGCUGCCCAAGAUGCACUAUGUGCACCCGUUGUCCGUGAUACAGGUGGACAACCUGAGGCGCCAAGCCACAAACAUUGUCUCGACAAGGCUGGGCCGUGCAGAGCCACCACUGCGGAAGGAAAUCGUAGAGUACAUGCUUGACGUGGACUCGCACAUGUGGAGCAUGAGAAAGAGCAAGGCAAAUUUCUUCCGCAUCAUGGGUGUCCUGAGCCCCCUGAUUGCAGUGGCGAAGUGGUUCGAUCAGAUCUGUCUCUGGAGGAACCCGUUGACCACCAUACUGAUCCAUGUCCUCUUCGUGAUACUGGUUCUAUACCCAGAGCUGAUACUGCCCACAAUCUUCCUCUACCUGUUCCUGAUCGGGGUGUGGUACUACAGGUGGCGGCCAAGGCAGCCGCCGCACAUGGACACCCGCCUCUCCCAUGCAGAGACUGCCCACCCCGACGAGCUCGACGAGGAGUUCGACACCUUCCCCACCUCCCGCCCGCCGGACAUCGUGCGGAUGCGCUACGACAGGCUGCGCAGCGUUGCUGGGAGGAUCCAGACCGUGGUUGGCGACCUCGCGACGCAGGGCGAGCGGCUGCAGUCGCUGCUGAGCUGGAGGGAUCCAAGGGCCACCGCGCUGUUCGUGGUCUUCUGCUUCAUCGCCGCCAUCGUCCUGUACGUCACCCCGUUCCGCGUCGUGGUCUUCCUCGCAGGCCUGUACGUGCUGAGGCACCCCAGAUUCCGCCACAGGAUGCCAUCUGUCCCGCUCAACUUCUUCAGGCGUCUGCCGGCGAGGACCGACAGCAUGCUGUAG